AUGCAAUGCCUAAAACGUGGGAGACCUGGAAUGCGUCCCCUGGUCGUGCGUUUGCAUGUGGCCGCUGCUGGAGCGCGGCGCUCCGGGCUUGAGCAUGUGGCUGUGGACAGCAGCUGGGGUGACGCGCAGCCGGGUAACGCUCACUCACCUCGUUUGCAUUUAAGAAAGAACAAAUAAAAUAUAAAAAUAAUCUAUGCACGACAAUAAAGGACCGCCCUUUUUCUUUUUUUAGGUUUGCCUGCGAUGCAUGCACGUGAGUGCGAAUGUCAGAUUAUCACAAAAAACACCCACGUUUGUGGUAAUUCAUAAUGAUAAUGCAUUUGAAGGGACGCGUUGGUACCCGGAGCCUGGCACUUUACAGUAGGGCUACAUGUCGCCGAUCGGCACGACACGCCAGUGUCUCACAUAGUCACUGUAAUCAUGGUUUAAACUUGGGGGGGGAGGGCAAGGGGGGACAAGAGCGGCUCCCCCAUCAAAUCACAUCGUGGAGGACUGCGGAAUUGUGAACCCCCCGAAAAUGUGUAUUUUAAUUCGGCUGCAGUCUAAAAGCCAUGGCCAGACUGAGAUGUUAUGUAAAGACAGGGCGAACGCAACGCCUCCCUGCAGCCCCCUCGCUCGUCCCUUUGCAGAUGUUGCCUCUGAACACAGUAUGAGGACCUCCUUUACCACCUUUACCACCUUUGCUGCUGUUUGUUGCAGGCGACGUCACAUCUCCCACCAUCUGUUACUGAGGGUGGAGGAGACAGGUGCAUCCCCGUCCUACCGCGCCGCUGCGGGACCCGCGCGAAAGACACCUGCGCACCUCACGGACUGACGGACUGAGAGGUGCGAUUGCCCUGUGGAUGUGGGCUGGCAAUCAGGACUUUUUUUUUUUUCCAAGGAUCUGCAAAGGAUCUGCACCCUCGGGUGUCCAUAAAGAAGACCACCAAGAUUUAGACUGGACCUGUGCAACAUCCCGAUACCACCAGCUAUCACAGUGCUGAGCAGCCCCAUUCUGCUACGUUAGACCACAAGCUUCACUUAAACCUGCAGGCCUUGCUGCAUCAUCCCUGCUCCUCUCAGAAUGACAGUAGCCACUGGAGAUCCAUCUGAUGAAGCAGCGGCCCAACCGGGCCAUCCGCAGGACUACGACCCUGAGGCAGACCAUGAAUGCUGUGAGAGGGUUGUCAUUAAUAUUUCGGGCUUGCGCUUUGAGACACAGCUCAAAACCCUCUCACAAUUCCCUGAGACACUGCUCGGGGACCCCAAGAAAAGGAUGCGUUACUUUGACCCCCUCAGAAAUGAGUACUUCUUUGACCGAAAUCGCCCCAGCUUUGAUGCCAUCCUUUACUACUAUCAGUCUGGAGGGAGGCUGCGGCGACCUGUUAACGUGACUUUGGACAUUUUCUCGGAGGAAAUUCGUUUCUAUGAGUUGGGAGAGGAGGCAAUUGAGAUAUUCAGGGAAGAUGAAGGCUUCAUCAAGGAGGAAGAAAGGCCGUUGCCUGAGAAUGAGUUUCAGAGGCAGGUGUGGCUUUUGUUUGAGUAUCCUGAGAGCUCAGGUCCUGCUAGAAUUAUUGCUAUAAUAUCUGUGAUGGUCAUUCUCAUCUCUAUAGUCAGCUUCUGCUUAGAAACACUACCAAUCUUUCGAAAUGAUGAGGAAGAAAUGCACAAGGUGUACCAGCCCUCCAACACCACCUCCAGCUACCAGUCCACAUACUUCACUGACCCCUUUUUCAUCCUGGAAACCCUCUGCAUUAUCUGGUUUUCCUUUGAGUUCCUGGUGCGCUUCUUUGCCUGUCCCAGCAAGGCAGGCUUUUUUGUAAACAUCAUGAAUAUCAUUGACAUUGUGGCCAUCAUCCCAUAUUUCAUAACUCUGGGCACAGAGCUUGCAGAGAAACCAGAGGAUGGGCAGCAGGGACAACAGGCUAUGUCCCUGGCCAUUCUGAGAGUCAUAAGGCUGGUCAGGGUGUUCAGAAUUUUCAAGUUGUCCCGUCACUCUAAGGGCCUACAAAUCCUGGGCCAGACACUGAAGGCUAGCAUGCGUGAGCUGGGGCUUCUCAUCUUUUUCCUUUUCAUUGGAGUCAUUCUCUUCUCCAGUGCUGUCUAUUUUGCUGAAGCAGAUGAAGCUGAAUCCCAGUUUAUCAGCAUUCCUGAUGCUUUCUGGUGGGCAGUGGUAUCCAUGACCACUGUCGGAUAUGGCGACAUGGUCCCCACCACCAUUGGGGGUAAGAUUGUAGGAUCAUUGUGUGCCAUAGCUGGUGUGUUGACAAUUGCCCUGCCAGUGCCUGUUAUCGUGUCCAACUUCAAUUACUUCUACCACCGUGAAACAGAGGGUGAAGAGCAAGCCCAGUACCUGCAAGCCCCACCCAAAGCAGACUCUGCAGAGGACCUGAAGAAGAGUCGCAGUGGCUCCACUAUGAGCAAAUCAGAUUACAUGGAGAUCCAGGAGGCGGUCAACAACAGUAGUGAGGACUUCCAGGAGGAGAACCUCAAAACAGCCAACUGCACGCUGGCCAACACCAACUAUGUCAAUAUAACCAAGAUGCUCACGGAUGUAUAAUCACCAUUACAGAGACCACGUCAUGGCUGAGGAUGGGGCAGGGGGGCUGGGAAAGGAGGAAGGCUUGGAUUGCAAACCAGUGGAUCCAUGAGGGCAGAGAAGCUUUGGGAGAAAAAGAACUCGCAUCAGCCCUGCAAUCCUUUCCUAAAUCCUAGCCCCCUGGCUCCCCACCCAUUUGCCAUCUUGACAUGCUCUAACUUCAGUUUUCCUUCCUCUUGUUACUAUUUGCAUGGAGUUAGUCUUAUCAGUGUUCUGCUCAAAAUAGUAGCCAAA